AUGGGACAGGAUGCUUGCAUGGAGUCUUUCGGCGGCAAGGGUGGCACCUUUCAGUGCAAAAUACUCCUCCUCCUCUUAGCAGGUACUUGCCUGGGACUGAAGGUGACGGUUCCAUCUCACAUUGUGCACGGCAUCAAGGACCAGCCCCUCUACCUUCCUGUGCACUAUGGUUUCCACAUGCCAGCAUCUGACAUCCAGAUCAUAUGGCUCUUUGAGAGACCCUCCACAAUGCCCAAAUACUUACUGGGCUCAGUGAAUCAAUCCGUGGUUCCUGAUCUGGAGUACCGGCAAAAGUUCACCAUGAUGCCACCCAACGCAUCUCUACUCAUCAACCCACUGGAGUUCACUGAUGAAGGCAAUUACAUCGUGAAGGUCAACAUCCAGGGAAAUGGAACUCUUUCUGCCAGCCAGAAGAUACAAGUCACCGUUGAUGAGCCCAUCACCAAGCCAGUGGUGCAGAUUCGUCCUUCCUCUGGGGCUGUGGAAUAUGUGGACAAUAUGACCAUGACAUGCCAGGUGAAAGCAGGCACCCGCCUGCUUUACCAUUGGCUAAAAAAUGGGAAGCCUUUGCGCCGCAGCCCCGCCUACUCCUUCUCUCCCCAAAACAACACCUUUCAAAUUGCUCCAGUGACCAAGGAAGAUGCGGGGAAUUACACCUGCCUGGUGAAGAAUCCCGUCAGUGAAAUGGAAAGUGACAUCAUUGCACCCACCAUAUACUAUGGACCCUAUGGACUUCAGGUUAAUUCUGAUAAAGGGCUAAAAGUAGGAGAAGUGUUCACUGUUGACCUCGGAGAGGCCAUCCUCUUUGACUGUUCUGCGGAUUCCUACCCGCCCAACACCUACUCCUGGAUCGGGAUGACUGACAACACAACCUAUUUCAUUAAGCAUGGGCCUCGCCUAGAAGUUGCACCUGAGAAAGUAGCCCAGAUGACAGCGGACUACGCUUGCUGUGCUUACAACAACGUAACUGGAAGGCAAGAUGAAACUCACUUCACAGUUAUCAUCACUUCCAUGGGCCUGGAGAGCUCUGCGCAAAAAGAGAAGUCACUGUCCCCACUGGCAAGUCUAACUGGAAUAUCACUAUUUCUGAUUAUAUCCAUGUGUCUGCUUUUUCUAUGGAAAAAAUUUCAGCCUUACAAAGUUAUAAAACAGAAGCUGGAAGGCAGGCCAGAAACAGAUUAUCGGAAAGCUCAGACAUUUUCAGGCCACGAGGAUGCACUGGAUGACUUUGGGAUAUACGAAUUCGUUGCCUUCCCAGAUGCCGCUGGUGUGCCCAGGAUGCCAAGCAGGUCUGUCCGAGUGUCUGAGGGUGUAUCAGGGCAAGACGUGCACAACACAAUUUAUGAAGUUAUUCAGCACAUCCCUGCCCAACAGCAAGAUCACCUAGAAUGAACCUUCAAGAGCAAAGCAGGAUAUUGGAAUGAAAUAAUGAAGCAAAACCAAUGGAGAUGUAUCUCCCUCUGGAAUCAGUGAAGAAGUCAAGCCAGUACUCCUUACACUGCUUGCUUUAUGUGUGGAGUAGAGAUGUUAGACAAGUGGGAUUCCUAGACAACGUACUGUCUUGUGCAACAGAGGGCAAUGGGUCCUGCUAGUUGGGAGGAGGAAAUGAGCUCCAGGCUAGACUCUCAGAAACACUGAUACGCUCCUGUGUCAUCUGAAAGCCUUUCAGCAGACUGCUUUACUACACUCUCCUGACUGUUAAGAUGUCUGUAUAUGAUUUCUCUUAUUUACAAAUUUCUUUUUUUUGUUCUAUGUACUACAAAGUAAUGAUGGUUGUUACAAAAGCAAGAUUGUGUCUUUUCCUUGAUGGUUCAUCACAAAGAGUAGUUGUGAAAGGCCUAGUUAAUGCUUAAGGGAACAACUUAAGCCAUUGUUUUUAUUUUUAGUUUCAGAAAAAGAUACAAAUAAAUUCUGCUUUUGCUUUUUUUUUUUGUCUUGUUUCUUCAUUUUAUAGACUAAAUGUAUUACAUAUAUGUCAGAUCAUAGAACUGAAUUUUUUAUUCUUGUUUGCUAUUGUUUAAUAAAGGAGAGAUAAAACUAUUAAAAUAAAAAUUUUGCUCUCU